GAGAAUAUUGCCGCCAGUCACACACACUACACACUCAGCUUCUCCCCUUCUCUGUAUCGACUGGAUGUCCGACCAAAGGCAGCAUUUUUGGCGAAAACAUCCAACUCAAGCUGCGUAACACCAAUGGAGAUAACUGUGUGACAGCCGUGUUGAUCAGUGGUGGUGCAUUUAGGAUAAUGUUGGAUAACUUCCGACCCUGAGACGAAGGCGUACGAAUGCGCGACCACUCGUUAAGAUAAGAGGCGGAGGAGGAGGAGGACUCCCUCGGUAAGUUGGCGUCGUUCCCCCCACGAUGGAGGCUGACGGGACCCUUAGCAGCGAGCUAGACGACCGCUGUGCCACCAGCGUCAUGUCGACGCCUCUUUGAGCAAUUAAGUCAAAAAAAUUGAGCACAUCUGCGCUUGUCGACAACUUAAGAGAGAGAAAAGUUAGCAUACAAUAUGGCCAUAACAGAUAUGACCUGAAGGGCUCAUGAACCUGGAGUUCUAGAAAGUUCUAUUUCUGCCUAAAAAAACCCUACAUUUCAUCAAGUGUCGCCUUCUCUGAGCAACAUGUCAUUCAAAGAGAACCCCUGUCGGAAAUUCCAAGCCAACAUUUUCAACAAGAGCAAAUGUCAGAACUGUUUUAAGCCCCGAGAGUCGCACCUGCUCAACGACGAAGACCUCAACCAGGCGAAGCCUGUUUAUGGAGGAUGGCUGCUCCUUGCACCAGAGGGAACCAAUUUUGACAAUCCUUUACACCGAUCUCGGAAAUGGCAAAGGAGGUUCUUCAUCCUGUACGAACAUGGCUUACUUCGCUAUGCUUUGGAUGAAAUGCCGAGCACUCUUCCCCAGGGCACAAUCAAUAUGAACCAGUGCUCAGAUGUCAUCGAUGGAGCGUCUAGGACAGGUCAAAAGAACUCCUUGUGCAUCCUGACCCCUGAAAAAGAGCACUUCAUUCGUGCUGAGUGUAAAGAAAUCAUCAAUGGUUGGCAGGAAGCUCUGACAGUGUACCCGAGAACAAACAAGCAGAAUCAGAAGAAAAAGCGCAAGGUGGAGCCACCCACUCAGCAGGGUGGAGUAACUACAACCCAGUGUUUUUCCAUUGAGGACAUGAAUGGACACCCAUCUUUUUGUGACCGUGCCUCCCAUUUUUUCCUCUCCUCCUCCCUUCCACUCCUUCCAUCCCAAACCCCUAUUCAGGAGCCGGGUCCCGCCAAAGUGACAGUGACCAGCAGUGGCAGCAGUGGCGGCAGCAUCCCGUGCCUUCCCAGCAGCAUUGCCAGUGCUGACCAUGUCCCGAUGAGCCGUGCCACUUUGUGGCAGGAGGAGAACCGCUGGAGUCGAGCCACCAUCCCGUGCAGCCGCAGCGCCUCCUGUCUCAGUCAGCUUGGCCAGAGCCAACCAGACACUACUAUCACUACUCAAGAUGAUGGUGGCACACUGAGCAGUGGGCGUAAAGUACGCGUGGAAAGUGGUUACUUUUCCCUGGAAAAGACCAAGUCUGAGCCCUCUCCACAACCUGCACAGCAUUCACAACCACUGCAUCCACCCCACUAUCUGCCCCUGUCCUCAUCAACAUCCUCCUGUUCUUUAGGAGCUCCCAGUCCCAGGUACAACUCUGAGCCCGAACCCCCGAUUUGCCCCUAUCCCCACUCCCAAGACCCUCUCCCCUCUCCAGAUGCCCUUGUGUCCCCCAGUUACUCCACCAUCAGCUCCUCCCAGAGCUCAUUGGACUCUGAACACAGCAGUGCUACUCCCACCUGGGAGGGACGCAGUGGUGGUGGAGGGAGCAUUGCUAGUGUGAGUAGUGGAGGGGGUAGAGUUGGUCGUUCAGGCAGGGAGUAUGCGGCGCUGUCAGACGUGCCGCGGGCUCGCAGGCUGACCUACCGUGAAGCCUUUCAUUCUGAGAAAAAGCGGCAAGAGCUUAGAGCACGCACACGGAGUCCUGGAAGAGAAGAGGUGGCUCGGCUGUUUGGGGAGGAGCGCAGGCGUUCCCAAGUCAUCGGCCGAUUUGAAGAGAGUCCAAAUGUGGAGCGUAUGGACACGAGCAGCUCCAGCGAGCUGUCAUCAAGUGUCAACAAUGUGCAGCGACAAGGCCGCAGUGAGAGACGCUAUCUGGACAAACAUGACAUGUCAUUGGAUGCAGGGAAGGACCACUUUGUCCCUGAUGUGUCCAGCUCGACUUUUGCAAACUUAAGAAGGGCCAAGUCACUUGACCGCAGAGUCACAGAGUCCUCAAUGACACCAGAUCUGCUGAACUUCAAAAAAGGAUGGAUGACCAAGCUGUACGAAGAUGGAAUGUGGAAGAAGCACUGGUUUGUUCUCACAGAUCAAAGUCUGAGGUACUAUAAGGACUCAAUAGCUGAGGAGGCUUCACAACUAGAUGGUGAGAUUGAUCUGUCGACAUGUUAUGAUGUCAAAGAGUUUCCAGUCCAGAGGAAUUAUGGCUUCCAAAUCCUGUGUAAAGAAGGAGCGUGCACCCUGUCAGCCAUGACCUCCGGAAUCCGUCGCAACUGGAUUCAGGCCAUCAUGAAGAAUGCUCGACCCACCAUUGCCCCCGAUGUCACUCGGAAAAACAUCUCACUGAAACUAUCCGUACUGAAGCCCAGAUCUAUCCCUGAAGAGAAGAUAAAAGCUCAGGUGCUGCUGGAGCCUUGUCCACAGAUCACGCCUGAGCCCAGCCCCGUUCCUGAGCCUACCAAGAAUGACGGCCACAGACAGCCAACCGGCAACGGUGCCUCCACACCUCCCUCCGAGCCUCGGAAAAGCAGGGUCCGCGAGCGCCGACGGGAGGGCCGCUCAAAGACUUUUGACUGGUCUGAGUUCAAAAUUGAAAAGACAGACAAGACUGUGAAGGAGCGAGCGGACACAGUUGACCUCAGUUCAUCCCUUUCCACCACCACCUCCUGCUGUUCUAUUUCCUCUUCUCCUUCCUCGUCGAUGUCCUCUCCUGUGUCUACCUCGGCCCUCCAGUCCUCCUGUGUAUCAGACACUCACCCGCCGUCAACAGUAGAACUUACGGAAAAGAAUAACCUUAGGAGGGGCACAGUCGGUGCCAACCACUUGCCAAAUACUGCUACUGUCACUUCCACGUUGAACACUACAUCGCCAUUGCAGCCGCCCAUACCUGAAUGUCAAGAGCAAGGAAAGAUAGAGGUAGACCACCCUACUGCCAUUCACAAUGUGGAGGAAGAUAAGUUUACCGGAACCUCAGGUGUGCAGGAAGAGAUCGAACAGCGAUGGCAUCAGGUUGAAACAACACCACUAAGGGAAGAGAAGCAGGUGCCCAUCACUUCUGCUUCAGGGAACCCGGAUAGAUUGCCUCCACAUGAGCUUGCUGCACUGCUAGACAAAGAGCUGGGACAGAAGCAGAAAGAACUGGACCAACUGCAGAGGCAGAACAGGCUUUUAAAAGAGCAGCUGGAAGAUGCACUAGGAAGAGAACACAGUGCCAGAGAGGGUUAUGUCCUUCAGAACACAACAGCCCCUACUUCCUUGCCACACAGAAUGCCAUGGAAACACUUGCACAAGCUCAACCAAGACUUGCAGAGCGAAUUACAGUCCCAAAAGCGCAAGCAGGACCUCACUGAACAGCAGAUACAUACACUAAAGAGAAGCUACACUGAAGCCCAGGAUGCAGUAGACCACCAUGAGGCUGAUAUCCAGGCCCUGCAGGCGAAGCUGGCAUCUGCACUGGCUGAAAUCUUGGCAAGUGAACAAGCCGUGGCCCGCAUGCGCAAUGAACUCAAACUUGAACAAGAGCGUUCGAAGGAACAAGAGGAGGAGCACAGGCACAGCGAGGCCACAUUGCGAGCCCAGCUAAAGGACAGUGAAGAUAGACUCCGUGAGGUGGAGGCCAGCCUUUUAGAGAGGAACCAGGCCCUCAGGCAUCUGGAGCACCAGCAGGCCCUGCAGCGAGACCACACCAGAGAGAUACAGAGAUUACAGGAAAGAUUGCAAGAGGUGACUGCGCGGCUCGUUGCCACAGAGGAAGGUCAGGCACUGAAGGAGGAACGCCUGAGAAAAGAGCAGCAUGGUAUUCAGGAGAGUCACGAGAGGGAAAGACAAAAUCUGUGCAGGAGAAUAGCUGAAGCUGAAACGGCACAGAAGGGCAUGGAGGACAGGCUGCUAGAGGCCGAACAGCAGGUGGAGGCCCUACUAAGAGGGCAGCAGGCUUCAGCAAGAGUAGAAUACAGGCAGGAAAUGCUAAAGGUGCAAGAGGAGCUUGCCCAGAAGACCAACACGGUAGAGUCAUUGAGGGAGAGUGUACGCAGGCUAGAAGAAGAGAGAGGUCUGCUCACCUGCAGAUGUCAGGAGCUCCUUAACCAGAUUGCAGAGGCGGACCGGGAGGUCAAUAAGCUUCGCAAUCGCCUGGAAGCGGAAGAGGCAGAUUACUGCUCUCUGGAGAACUCUUACGAGAGGGCCACCCAAGAAUUUCAGAGAAUGAGCCAAUUCCUCCGAGAGAAAGAGGAAGAGAUUCGACAGACAAAGGAAAUGUAUGAAAGGCUGAUGGAACGCAAGGAGGAGGACUUGAGAGAGGCACUUGUUAAAAUGACAGUACUUGGCAACAGCUUGGAGGAAACUGAACAGAAGCUGCAAGCAAAGGAAGACCUUCUUUGUCAAAUGAGUCAAGGUCUGGUAGAGAGAGUUGAACCCGGCAGUGCUGAACAAGAUCUUAAAGCCAAGCUUGUGGUCGCAGAGGACCGCAUCGCAGAGCUUGAGCAGCACCUCAAUGACUUACAGCUGGGAUAUUCUGAUCUACACUCAGGGAGGAAACAAGUCCAAGAACAAAGCAAACGGGAACGUGUCUUUUCUUCAAAAAAUGCAGCUAAGAUGGAGAAUUCCACCGAUGACAAGGCGUCUCAAGCGACCAAAAGACCAAGAAUCCGUUUUUCUAAUAUCCAAUGCCAAAAAUACAUUGACUUGGAUGACCCGGAUAGUUGCCAUAUGAGCAGUACACUUGAAUAUACAAGACAAGUAGAUAACCAGAAAGACUUUGAUGUAGCUGAAGCACUCCCCCCCUCAGAUACCCCAUUCUCACAUGCUAGUGACUCUGAGAAGUUUAUCUCCAUUGUACAUGCCCUAGAAACUAAACUGCUCACUACUGAGGAAAAACUGAGAAAUCUAACUAAGAAUCUACAGGAGCAACGUACCAUUCAUGUUGAAGAUGUGUCCAAGAAAGAUCUAAACUUGGUUGAAAACCAUCCUUACACAGACAAAGAUUUAAAAUGUGCCUGUGGGCCGCCUGUGAACAAUCCUUAUGCAAAGGCCCUGCAUUGUGUGGAAACAAGUCAAAAUAAAGUCAAGGCUAUUCUGUCUGGCACUCACGAUACCACUGAUUCACAGCUUCACUCACUGUCAGAGGUUGAAAAUGAGCUGUUGAGUGCAUCAAUGUAUAUCCGCCAUGGGCAAAAGACCUUGGAAGAACAAUCACCUGCACCCCCUCAAAUGUCAGAAUCUUUGGAUAAAGAUACAGUUCAUCUCUUUGCCAAGACACUUUCUUUUGAGGCUCUUGUUUUGAAUAAAAUGGCAUUGCUGGUACAGUCCUCUGACUCUGACCUUGUCCAGACGCUGACAGCGAUGUGGGAGGACAUAGAGAACAUUAAAAGUGAUGACAAAGAUUGUUUAGCUAUAGUUUAUGCAGAUGUCUUGACCAGGAAGUUGAUGUUGGAGAAUGCAUUCUGGAAGGAACUUGAGAAAGAGACGACACCGUGUGAAGGUUCAAAUGUUGCCAAAUCACAGGAGGCCAGUGUUGCAGCUGAUGCAGACAUAAAUACAUCAGCUGUAUUUAAUACUUUAAUCAAAGCAGAACUGUCCUACUCCAUUCAAAACCUCAAGCUUUGCUAUGAAGACAAAUUCAGGCAACUUAAAGGGGAGCUGGCUGAAGCUCACCACAAUCUACAGCAAAGGGAAAUGGCCUUGAAGGCGAUUAUUGAAGCCUCCAAAAGGUCCGAUUUGAAAAGUGUGAUCAAAGAAGUUAAAAGUAACUUUGGCUUCGGCAAACAAAAGUUGGCUGAUAUUCGCCCACCUGAACUUGCCCCGUACACUGAGCAGAUUGAACUGCAAGAUGCUCGUGAGCUUGCUGAAAAGAUCUUAGAACGACAUUUUGCAGAGCAAGUCCCAUCUUGUGGUGUUGACUCCAUAGAGUCUCUUCAAGAUGCACAUGACAGCUUGGCGACUGAGCUCCAACACCAAGCAGCAAAGCUGUACAAGUAUGCUGAAGAAAUACAAAGCAGUGGCAACCAUCCUGAACUAGCUAAAAUGGUCAAUGCACUUUUAGGGCCCCAAACAUCUAAUAUUUUUACAAGUGCCUCUCUUUGUAUGCGAGAAGCCCUCAACCAGGCUCAGGUGGCAUACGUGGCGUGCAGGCUACGCUCCAUGCAUGAACGAAAUGUGGGUUGGUGUAAACAAACGCAUCAGAACAUGGGCGUCCUUGUGCAACAGCAUGCCUGCAGCGUCAGGGCCAUCCACGAGAAGUACCGAACAUCUCUUCAGGAGGAGCGUCACAACUUUUCUCAAACACUGGCCAUUCUUCAGAAGGAGAACAAAACUCUCAAGAGUGAAGUCAGCCAACGUUCUAACCAACUCUCACAACAGCAAGAACAGCUGAUGCUCCUGGAAGAACAUUUCAAGAUGCAAACUGAGGAGCUGAAGCAGAAGCACAAGCAAGAGCUAAACCUAGCUGAGAAAGAGCGGGCCUCUACAGAGCUGGCCCUUGUGGAGGCCACGACAAACAGCCAGCAGAAGCUGAAGGAUUUGCUGUUGGACAUGGACACCAUGAAGAAGCAGCACCUUAGUCAUGUGAGGAAGUUGGAGGAACAAUUUGUGCAGAAAAUCUCUCAGCUUGAGCACGUCUACAAAGAGGAGAUUGUAAAGCUGCAUUCCCAGCAUGAGGACAACAUUUGUAAUGCCCAAGCAGAAGAUCCUGAGGUGUCCCACCAGCCUUCUUUUGAGGCCUCAGCACCAAUGGAAGAGGAGGAGCAAGGGAGCAAGGAGGGUGCACAGAUCAUGUCAGAGGUGGACACCAUGGUGCUGCUGAAGGACAGGAUCCAGGAACUUGAGACUCAGAUGAACAGCAUGAGGGACGAACUGGAGAACAAGCACAUGGAAGCAGAUGUGGCCAGCCUGAGGGAGAAAUACCAGAGAGACUUUGAAAGUCUUAAGGCCACAUGUGAGCGUGGCUUUGCAGCAAUGGAAGACACCCACCAGAAGGUGAUUGACGACCUCCAGAGGCAGCAUCAGAGGGAGAUUUCUAAGCUCAUAGAGGAGCGAGAGAGGCUCCUGGCCGAGGAGACUGCUGCCACUAUCGCUGCUAUUGAAGCUAUGAAGAACGCACACAAAGAGGAGCUGGAGAAGACUCAGCGCUCCCAGCUCAGUGGACAGAACUCUGAUAUUGAUGAACUGCGAUCACAAUACAAGGAGGAGCUGCAGUCUAUCCAGAGGGAGCUGGAGGUUCUCUCUGAGCAGUAUUCUCAGAAAUGUCUGGAGAAUGCCCAUCUGGCUCAGGCCCUGGAGGCCGAGAGGCAGGCCCUCAGGCAGUGUCAGAGAGAGAACCAGGAGCUCAACACUCACAACCAGGAAUUGAAUAACCGUCUAUCUGCGGAGAUCACACGCAUGCGCUCAUGUUUCAGUGGUGAGACAGCGCUGUCACCGGUUACGCAGGGCAAAGAUGUGUAUGAACUGGAGGUGCUGCUUCGAAUCAAGGAGUCAGAAAUACAGUAUCUUAAACAGGAAAUUCACUCUUUGAAGGACGAACUGCAGUCGGCUCUUAGGGACAAGAAGUACGCCACAGACAAGUACAAAGACAUCUACACAGAGCUGAGUAUUGUGAAAGCCAAGGCAGACUGUGACAUUGGCAAGCUGAAGGAAAAGCUGCUCAUUGCCACUGAAGCCUUAGGGGAGAGGACUGUUGAUGGGACUGUUACAUCUGGAUAUGAUAUCAUGAAAUCCAAAAGUAACCCUGACUUCAUGAAAAAGGAACAAUCAACCCUCCCCAAGUCAUCCAGAGGUGUGAGGUCAAAGGUAAGUGUCGGUCCUUCCUCACGCAGUACAAUCCUCGCACGACUGCAUCAUGUGACUUCUCAAGCAACCCAGCCAAAUCACAUCAGACGUGUGUCGAGUCCUGCGAGAUUUGUCAUGUGUCUGUUUUGUCCACCAGUCUGUCACUGAACAGGUCUCAUGGGACAGCUGACACUCCCCAUGUGGGGUUAAGCCCUCCCACAAAACCCAUCCCGGGCUGCGCUGUAUGUAUACUUAAAUAAGCAUGACGUAGUGCUAAGCAUCCUUGCAUGACCACACUGCCCUUCUUUCCCUUUUUUUUUUUAAUACCAACCUGCACCUCCCACUCAGUGAAAUAAUUGCAGUAUAUAUUAUCAGUCUGAAGAUUAGCCGUUUCACAAUUGUAAAACAUCAUUUACCAAGUACUGGACUGGUAAAGUUUGACCUGUGCUGUUUUUUAUCGUCUGAGUUUCCUGUUUGUGUGUCUACAAAGGAGUAUUAUGGCCACAGUGAAGAAAAAAAACGUGAUGGUAAAGUCACAAUAUUAUGAGAAAUUCAGUCAUAAUAUUCUAAUUCUUUUUGACAAUAAAGUAGAAAUUUUAGCAGGAUACAGUUGCAAUAUUUUGAGAGUAAAGUCACAAUAUUUGGAGAACAAAUUAUAAAUAAAUAAUGUUACAAGAAUAAAAUUGUCAUUUUUCAUCACACUUUUACAAGAGUAAAGACCCAAUAAUAUGAGAACAAAUAAGAAAUACAUACAUUUCAGGAGAAGACAUUUGACAUUUUAUGAGAACAAGAACAAGUUGAUUAUUUGUAAGGUGGUCAUUUUCUAGGACUGAACUUGUAUUUUUUACAAGAAUAAAGUCAACAUUUUGGGAGAAUAUUGGCACAAUAUUAUCAUGACAAGAAAAAAAUAACUAAUAUUUUUAGUAUUAUAAUGAAAAUAAAUAAUGAAAUGUGAAGGGAAUAAAGUUGUAAUUGUACAAUAAUAAUCUUGUAAUUUUACACAAUUUUUAGUCUUUUUCUUUGUGUUGUUUAUUAUUUAAAAAAAAAAAUUGGGUGGAAAUUUUGACCUUUACUUAAAAGAAAUAAAAUUGCUGCUUUUUUCUUGUAAUAACACUUGUUUUCAUAUAUUACACUUUUUCCCCCUCCCCUUAAUACUCUUCCGUACUGUCAGAUCUUCAUUGCUACAAUGUGUUUGCAUGACAUCUCGGCCAAGCCAUUUUGUGUCCUUGUAUGUAGGAGACAUGUUUUUUCAAGGCUCUUCUAUGCUGACAUGUCAAAUUGCUGUGUUGUCCCUAACAGAGCCUAAAAGAGGGACUGACGGUGCAGGAGCGCAUGAAGCUGUUUGAGGCAAAGAAUUCCAAAAAGAUUUAAAUGUCAAGAAUCUGAAGCGUCUCUUUACCAGCCUUUGAUUUAUUGUAUUUUGUUAGUUUUGCUACGGCUGUGCCAGCAGCAGCAGCACCAGACUCAUCAUCAUAAUCAUAGGACACAUGGAGUGAACGGUCAAACCUUCUGCUUAAAUGGAACAAGUUUUUGCAUGUUGGAAAAGGUAUUUAAUGUUGUUGAAGUUGUGGAUGUGUGAAAUAAGCUGUGAGAGGGAUACAUGACAGCCUUUUUAAUCAUCUGCCUAAAUGCCAAAAUGGAUAACACACAGUAUGAAUAAUAUAUAUAUAUAUAUAUAUUUCCUGAUAUGAAUUGUCUGCUGUAUUUUAUUAUUAAUGUUACACUUUGUAUAUCUGAAUGAUUUGACUGUGUUGAGUGUACAUAACUACUGGACAUACAGUACAGUAUGUAAGAGCAUGGUUUGUUGAGUGUUGGGGCAUCUACUGUACUUCAGUUUGACUGACGGUGGAAGUGAUUGUGUAUUUUAUUAUUUUUUUUUAUAUAAAAUAUGUCUGUGUGAUGGGGGUGGGGGGUAAAGGGUGGGAUUGCACUUAUAACUUGACUACUUGAGGAAGCUUUUUUUUUGUCUCUAAUCAGUGGUGUGAUUUUCGAUGAUUAUUGCAGUGCAACCAAACAUGGUGACAAGUUCUGUGACGUACUUCAAUCCAGUUUCAAGUGUGUGACUUUAGGACUUUGCAUGACUAUAUUCCGUGUCAUUUCAAUGGCAGAUUGCAGCACGUGGCCUCCUUUUUUCCUACUUUUGACACUUUUAGUGUGGAACCCUUAACCUUAAUAAGCUUUGCUUUUGCAAGUCCUGCUGUUUCAACAUUACCUCGAAGCACUUGGCCCCCCACUUUAUUCUAGUUGUGCCUCAACCCAGUGAAGAACACCCAUUAAAAAAAAUAAUAAAAAACGGAAGAAAAAAAAACUGUGCAGCUAUGGAAACACUGUAUAGUAUUCAAAACCACGCUUUGGAAAUGUACAUCUCUCUCUCUCUCUCUCUCUCUCUCUCUCUCUCUCUCUCUCUCUCUCUCUCUCUCUCUCUCUCUCUCUCUCUCU